AUGCCGAUAUCUGAAAGAGAGACACUACCAUCCACCACACGCGCCUCCUGGCAAGCACCAGCCCUCAAACGGUGCCAACGAUCGCCGAAAGUCUACAAGACCCCUGAGCCCGGUCGCACCGCUACUACCACCUUGGACCAAUCCGCACACUCUCCUGACGCCGUUAUCCCCUCUAAAGGCUGUGCCACCAAGAAAACCGGCCUAACAGGAAGACGUACCGGCAGGGGCCUCCCUUCUCUUGUCUCUCUCGCUCAAGCUGCGUCUCCUCGACCUCGACCCAGAGUCCUUGACCUACAUCACCCUCGCUUCCCACCUCGACCUCGACCUGCCUCUGCUGCUACGGCAAUCAAAGACACACCUCCACGAGCACGCAACCUCCACAACACUUACCACCAACCUAGCUGCCAAAGGACAGCCUACACGUACCUCCUCCUCCUCAGCAUUUCUCCUAUUCCCGCUUCUCAUCUGCGGCUUGCUCCCACGGCUCCCAGUCCCUCUGGAAAGCAGACACUGGCGCCCUCCAUCCCACCAGACCAGCUUCACUCGCUGCGCACACACCCAACGAGCGCCACAGCAAAAGCACAGGCGCAGAAGCCGUCGACGCAAUUCGCCAACUACUCUUGA